CGGUGUUGUUUGAACUAUGUGAAGUAGGAAGCGAUCCAAGAAAAAAUGUCAAAUAACAUCAUUGUAUCUUUAUUUGUUCUCAUCUCACUGUAUCACUCAUGCACUGCUAUCAUGUGUCACCGUUGUGUCAGUGCUAUGGGUGGGUGCGGAGAUGAUCUCGAUUGGAGAAUGUUUCCAUGGAGAGACUGCGGCGAUUCAGAGUUCUGUGUUAAAAUUAUCAAAAAAGUUGGAAGUGAGCAUAACAUAGUCAGGGACUGCGAAAGUAGCUUAAUGAGAUCAACAAAUCAUCGCCUCAAGAUGCCAAACUUACGACGUCACGGCUAUUGUUUACCAGCCAGGAAGAAUGAUGCCAGUAACCCCAUGGACACAGAGGAUGAAAAUGUGAUGUACUGCUUCUGUAAUGACUGGAAUGGUUGUAAUUCAGCCUCAGGGUUGUUCUCCAAAAUCCCCGUCAUCUCUCUAAUAUCAGCCUUCAUCUCAUUCACUGUCCUCAAAGUACUGUGAUCAUUAACCAGUUUUUUAAACAUUUUACUCCACUUUCUAUCAAAAUUAAGAGCUAAAUUGAAACUUUUUAAGAUACAAAUAGAUUUUUCAAAUUUGAAUGAAGUUUAAGUAAAUAAUUCUUGUAAAAAUUGAUGUGCCAUAUAACAUGUAAUGUACUUCUGACUUUUUGGAGUUUCUGUAACAUAAUGCUGUACAUUUGACUUUAUUGAUUCCUCCACCAACUUUCUGAAUUGUUAGAUACUAUUUAAAACAGUGGAUAUUAAAUAUUUUUAUACCGAUCGAUAUAUUCAGUAUAGAUUGUAUUAAUCAUGUAUGUAUGUGGUUACUGUAAUUAGUAUGUCAUUUAUAUGCAGCAAUAGUCAUCAUUUUUUGUACAGACAUGUCAUUUCUUGGUAUUGUUUUGUAUCGCAUUAUGUAAAUAACUCAUCACAUUCAAUUUACAAUACACCAUAAAACAUAUGCAUGUGAUAUACUGGAUUUUACAGUGAUGAAUCAUUUAAGAACAUUUUUUUCUGUAGAUACAUAUCAGAUAGUGAUUUUAUUUCAUUGUUAUGUCUUACGGUAUGUUCAGCAGCUGUUAGUUUUCUGUCUUCGUACAUUUCUACUACUGGUAACAUACCUAUACAUAUCAUAACAACGGUAUGUGGUAAACUCCAAUCUUAGCUUUGUAGGAGUUAUCUGCCCUUGUUGGAGGCGUCUAACUUGGAUUGUUAUUUUAGAGGAGAACAUGUUUUUUAAUAAUUUUUUUUUUUUUUUAAUGAUGAAGGUUGUGAUACUUGAAAAUACAUUCCAUAUUUAAUAUUGAGGGAAAAUUGUUUUCUCUUGAAUUCAGGGCAAAUUUUGAAAGGUUGAUUCCACUAGAUUUUUUUUAAUAACUUUUUUAUCUCUAUGUUGCAUUUGAAUAAAGCAUCAUUAUUUAAAAAAAAUACCCUAGGUAUUAUAUAACAUGUCUUACAGACAUGAGUAUGCUUCUCCAGUAUAGGUACACUCCAGGUACUUGUGUAUUAAGGUUUUUAUCAAUGAUUUUAUGAUUUACAACAAUGCAUUGUCAGAAGUUGUACUGGAUCAAUCCUGGUUUAUUUCUUACUUAUAUCUAUAUAUACAUAUCAGAAAUUUGUACCAUACAUACUUAACAACAAUGUUUUUGCUACAAAAAUAUAAACCAAAUUUUUAUUGGAAAUUCUUUAUUCUAGAAGUAAAAUAAUGAUUUCUUA